AUGCCUGCACAACACACUAGUCACUGGACUGGCUUCAUCUUUGGCUACUGCUCCAGCGGUUCCUGGGUGGGCCGAGUCUCUGACACAAAGAUGACGUCAUCGGCGCAUUUCUCCUCCACUCUCAGGGUGAGAUGCGUCACCUGUGACAUCACAACUUCUGUAUGGGAGAAAGGUGAGGGCAGGGAUGUGGUCAGGAAAUCAGAGAAGAUCAGGAAAAAUAAGACAUUUGUUUAAACGGAGAGGAACAGGCGAAGCGAGAGGAUUUACUUAGCCCAAAAUCUGUCAGCGUUAGAUAAGCACUGUUUUUGGAUGGAGGUCUUUCAGAGUGUCAAAUUACGUGAGGCUUAUUUGAUCUAAUAGACGUUUUGUAAUGUUUACUGUUACUGUACUGAUAUAAGUGGAUGCACGUGGCAUUCCGGCAACUUUGAGAAAAACGGCUUAGUUGUGCCUCUUAUUUACACGCAUAUCUACCCUCUCAUUGGCUAAAAUGGUCCCACCUGAUCUCGCCUGCCUUCAAUCCUUGAGGGCAUGUACAGUGAGCUCCAAAGGUAUUGGGACAGUGAUAUAUAUUCAUUUUGGCUCUGUACUCCAGCACUUUGGAUUUGAAAUUAAACAAUGACUACAAGGUUAAAGUGCAGACUGUCAGCUUUAAUUUGAGGGUAUUUACCUCCAUAUUGGGUGAACCGUUUAGUAAUUAUAGCACUUUUUGUACAUAUUCACAAACUCGUUGGAUGCAUUUGCUGUUUGUUUUGGUUGUGUUUCAUAUAAUUUUGUGCCCAAUAGAAAUUAAUGGUAAAUAAUGUGUUGUGUCAUUUCGGAGUCACAUCUAUUGUAAAUAUGAAUAGAAUGUUUAUAAAACACUUCAUGUGGAUGCUACCAUAAUUACGGAUAGUCCUGAAUGAAUCGUGAAUAAUGAGUGAGUAUACCAAGAUGGCGUAGCAGUGCGGUCGUGUUCUUUGUUGUGUGUCUGUGUAAAUAGCCUGUUUUUUGUAUUUUUUUGUAUUUUUUUGUAUUUUUCGUACAUAUUUCCCUAUCACACUUUUCAUCCUUCUACAAAAUAUACUUUCCUGCUACCCGCCUCACUCAAUGUGGAACGGAUUCUAUUAUUGACUUACCUUUUAUCUAGAAUCUCCAGUUUAAAUUAGCUAGCCAGCUAACUAGCUACUUGCUAUUAGCCACCGUUAGCGGUUUUCCCCCAGAACAUCUGAUUUUCUGCUGGAAUAACUGAAUCACUGGAUAUUAACACCGGAUCGCAACUAGCUAGCUGCAACCGAAUGGAUGUUGCUGUUUGGCUAAUCACCACAGCCCCCGAAGCAAGCACCAGUUAGCCUUGAGCUAGCCUCGAGUCAGGCCCAUAUCCCGGCUAUCUAUCUCUCUGUCUACCGGACGGGAGUAGCCAGCUAACUAGCUACUUGCUAUUAGCCACUGUUAGCGGUUUUUCACCAAUGUCCGUGGCCUGCACUACCUACCUACCAGCCAGCUCUAGCGUGGACUAUUAUCAGCCAGUCUGCACUGUCUGCACAGCGCGAUAUCGACCUAGAACAUAUCGGUUUUUCUGCCGGAAUCACUGAAUCACUGGACCUUUAACACCGGAUCAUCGCAACAAGCUAGCUGCAACCAAAUGAAUGUUGAUGUUGGCUAAUCAGCCUUGAGCUAGCAUUGAGCCAGGCCCAUCUCCCGGCUCUCUACCUCUCUGUCAACCGGACGGGACUGCUAGAAAUUGCGUAAUUCAUAAUCUGGUAUUGGAAUAAGAAUCAAACAUAAUCAAGAGAUAUUCAAUCCAAGCUACAUUUAUUAUAUGCAAAAUGUAUGUAUGAUAAGUAUGAAGGUUUGUAUAUACGGGUCCACUGAAAUACCACGCAGGGCACUCAGAGAACUAAUCCAUUGUUACAGGUCCUUCUUCAAAUACUCUGACAGAGAUAUUUCCCACUCCCUGCUGGCCAAUCAGAGUAGAGACUGAGCGUGGUUUAGACUUACUCAGCCAAUCCGUUGGCGCACCGGCUGGUCCCAGGCCCUUGGCGCUCCACUUGUUGCACACUGUUGCCAGGCAUACGUUUUUAUCAUAACAAACCUCCACUUGUUGCACACUGUUGCCAGGCAUAAGUUUUUAUCAUAACAACCUGUGUCAGCACCCAAAAAACACCAUUCUGCUGUACCUACGUUCAAGGACGGUUCAAAGACAACAAAGAGGCAGUGUUCGUAUCUGUAAGAAAUACAAGUCUUAUCUGUCCUAUCCCCUAACGUUCCUCACAUGAAUCACAGCUGGUUAUGUGAAACAAUUUAUAUCAGUAUAGUACAAACCUUCUAUGCUUAUCAUUAAUGCAUUCCUUCUAAGCUAUUCAUCACAUACGGAUCCAAUUAUUAGAAAAUAGAUCCCCACAGGACCUCCUAGUGUUGACAUGGAGCCCCGCCGAUCCAACACGACUGGUCUGCCGACGAAAUCGUCUGAUGUGGUCACAACAGGCUUCCCGUUACGACAUCGACCACGAAGAUCCAUCUGCUAGCCCCGGCCCGCUAGCACACGCUAGCCAUGGCCUCUUGCUCGCCAGUGCUAUAGCAGCCCCCGAACUACCUCCGAACUCUCCUAUUGCUGUUCACCGGACCUUAUGAUAACUCAGCUAUACAGCUGAUGCCUGCUGGACUGUUCCUUUAUACGGUACCGCAUCCUGUUUAUGUUUAGCCUCAGCCCAAACUUUGUCGCCAUCUGCCCGGUAGAGAUGAAACCGGGAUUGAUCAGUGAAGAGCACACUUCUCCAGGAUGUCAGUGGCCAUCGAAGGUGAGCAUUUUCCCACAAAAGUUGGUUACGACGCCAAACUGCAAUCAGGUGAAGACCCUAGUGAGGACGACAAGCAUGCAGAUGAGCUUCCCUAAGAAGGUUUAUGACAGUUUGUGCAGAAAUUUUUCGUUGUGCAAAUCCACAGUUUCAUCAGCUGUCCGGAUGGCUGGUCUCAGACGAUCCCGCAGGUAAAGAAGCCAGAUGUGGAGGUCCUGGGCUGGUGUGGUUACACGUCCUCUGCGGUUCUCUAACAUUAGGUUGGAGACGGCUUGUGGUAGAGAAAUUAACAUUCAAUUCUCUGGCAACAGCUUUGGUGGACAUUCCUAUAGUCAGCAUACCAAUUGCACGCUCCCUCAACUUGUGGCAUUGUGUUGUGUGACACAACAACAAAUUUGUGCGCAAUCUGAGAGAAAUAAGCUUUUUGUUCGUGUGGAAUAUUUCUGGGAUCUUUUUAUUUCUGCUCAUGAAUCCAACACUUUACAUGUUGCGUUUAUAUUUUUGUUCAGUGUAUAUACUGUUGAUCUCCUCAGGUGUGGCAUUGCCCUGGACUCGUGGAUGCUCCCCCUGGAUGAGGAGAUCAACGUCAGGGUAAAGCAGCCCAUCUUCUUCAUCAACUCUGAGAAGUUCCAGUGGGCCGGGAACAUCAUGCGCAUGAGGAAACUGGUACCACCUGACUCCACCUCCACGCAGAGGAAAAUGGUCACCAUUAAGUACGGAAAGAGUAUACAUUCAUUGUGACUGAGAUGACAUGUGAAAGACGAUAGAUUCGAUUAGUUUUCCACACCUAUUUGGUUUAGUUGAUCUGUGCACAAAAGACCAAACAAAACAAACACUUUCUCUGAAUCCACUCUGGUCUGCUGUCGUUUAUCUCGUGUCUGGCACUUACAAAACCACUUCCUGAUUUGAAACCAGUCUAUCAGUGCAAGAAAAACCUCAGAGUUGUGUGUUGUUCUCAAAGGAGGAACUUAUUUUCACAGUCCAAUGUUACAAUUCACAAUCCAAAGAACACACAUUUACCUCAAUUUUUACAGUGCAUUCGGAAAAUAUUCUGACCCCUUGACUUCAACAUUUUGUUAAUUUACAGCCUUAUGCUAAAAUUGAUUAAAUUGUUGUUUUUCCUCAUCAUGACAAUGACAAUGCAAAAACAGGUUUUUAGAAAUUUGUGCUCAUUUAUUAAAAUUUUAAAACUGAAAUAUGACAUUUUACAUAAGUAUUCAGAGCCUUUACUCAGUACUUUGUCGAAGCACCUUUGGCAGCAAUUACAGCCUUGAGUCUUCUUGGGUAUUAUGCUACAUGCUUGGCACACCUGUAUUUGGGGAGUUUCUCUCAUUCUUCUCUGCAGAUCCUCUCAAGCUCUGUCAGGUUGGAUGGGGAGCGUUGCUGCACAGCUAUUUUCAGGUCUCUCUAGAGAUGUUCAAUCGGGUUCAAUUCCGGGCUCUGGCUGGGCCACUCAAGGACAUUCAGUCAGUCACUUGUCCCGAAGCCACUACUGCAUUGUCUUGGCUGUGUGCUUAGGAUUGUUGUCCUGUUGGAAGGUGAACCUUCGCCCCAGUCUGAGGUCCUGAGAGUGCUAGAGCAGGUUUUCAUCAAAUAUCUCUCUGUACUUUGCUCCGUUAAUCUUUCCCUCGAUCCUGACUGGUCUCCCAGUCCCUGCCGCUGAAAAACAUCAAAUCAAAUUUUAUUUGUCACAUGCUCCGAAUACAACAGGUCUAGACCUUACAGGGAAAUGCUUAAAAGCCCUUAACCAACAAUGCGGAAAGAAUACCAAAAUCAAAUAAUACAAUAUAAAAUAAUAUGAAAUAAAAGUAACAAAUAAUUAAAGAGCAGCAGUAAAAACAACAAUAGCGAGGCUAUAUACAGGGGGGUACCGGUACAGAGUCAGUGUGCGGGUGCACCGGUUAGUCGAGGUAUUUGGGGUAAUAUGUACAUGUAGGUAGAGUUAUUAAAGUGACUAUGCAUAGAUAAUAAACAGAGUAGCAGCAGCGUAAAAGAGGGGUGGGGGCAAUGCAAAUAGUCUGGGUAGCCAUUUGAUUAGAUGUUCAGGAGUCUUAUGGCUUGGGGGUAGAAGCUGUUUAAAAGCCUCUUGGACCUAGACUUGGCGCUCCGGGACCGCUUGCCGUGCGGUAGCAGAGAGAACAGUCUAUGACUAGGGUAUCUGGAGUCUUUGACAAUUUUUAGGGCCUUCCUCUGACAUCACCUGGUAGAGGUCCUGGAUGGCAGGAAGCUUGGCCCCAGUGAUGUACUGGGCCGUACGCACUACCCUCUGUAGUACCUUGCGGUCGGAGGCCGAGCAGUUGCCAUACCAGGCAGUGAUGCAACCAGUCAGGAUGCUCUCGAUGGUGCAGCUGUAGAACCUUUUGAGGAUCUGAGGACCCAUGCCAAAUAUUUUCAGUCUCCUUAGGGGGAAUAGGUUUUGUUGUGCCCUCUUCACGACUGUCUUGGUGUGCUUGGACCAUGUUAGUUUGUUGGUGAUGUGGACUUGAAGCUCUCAACCUGUUCCUGCUCGGUCCUCUUAUUUUUCCUGUAGUCCACAAUCAUCUCCUUUGUCUUGAUCACGUUGAGGGAGAGGUUGUUGUUCUGGCACCACACAGCCAGGUCUCUGACCUCCUCCCUAUAGGCUGUCUCAUCGUUGUCGGUGAUCAUGCCUACCACUGUUGUGUCAUCGGCAAACUUAAUGAUGGUGUUGGAGUUGUGCCUGGCCAUGCAGUCAUGAGUGAACAGGGAGUACAGGAGGGGACUGAGCAUGCACCCCUGAGGGGCACCCGUGUUGAGGAUCAGCGUGGCGGAUGUGUUGUUACCUACCCUUACCACUUGGGGGCGGCCCAUCAGGAAGUCCAGGAUCCAGUUGCAGAGGGAGGUGUUUAGUCCCAGGGUCCUUAGCCUAGUGAUGAGCUUUGAGGGCACUAUGGUGUUGAACGCUGAGCUGUCGACAAUGAAUAGCAUUCUCACAUAGGUGUUCCUUUUGUCCAGGUGUGAAAGGGCAGUGUGGAGCGCAAUAGAGAUUGCAUCAUCUGUGGAUCUGUUGGGCGAUAUGCAAAUUGGAGUGGGUCUAGGGUUUCUGUGAUAAUGGUGUUGAUGUGAGCCAUGACCAGCCUUUCAAAGCACUUCAUGGCUACAGACGAGAGUGCUACGGGUCGGUAGUCAUUUAGGCAGGUUACCCUAGUGUUCUUGGGCACAUGGACUAUGGUGGUCUGCUUGAAACAUGUUGGUAUUACAGACUCAGACAGGGAGAGGUUGAAAAUGUCAGUGAAGACUCUUGCCAGUUGGUCAGCGCAUGCUCAGAGUACACGUCCUGGUAAUCCGUCUGGCCCUGCGGCCUUGUGAAUGUUGACCUGUUUAAAGGUCUUACUCACAUCGGCUACAAAGAGCGUGAUCACACAGUCGUCCGGAACAGCUGAUGCUCUCAUGCAUGUUUCAGUGUUACUUGCCUCGAAGCGAGAAUAGAAGUGGUUUAGCUCCUCUGGUAGGCUCGUGUCACUGGGCAGCUCUCGGCUGUGCUUCCCUUUGUAGUCUGUAGUAGUUUGCAAGCCCUGCCACAUCCAGCGAGCUUCGGAGCCGGUGUUGUACGAUUCGAUCUUAGUCCUGUAUUGACGCUUUGCCUGUUUGAUGGUUCGUCGGAGGGCAUAGAGGGAUUUCUUAUAAGCUUCCGGGUUAGAGUCCCGCUCCUUGAAAGCGGCAGCUCUACCCUUUAGCUCAGUGCGGAUGUUGCCUGUUAUCCAUGGCUUCUGGUUGGGGUAUGUACGUACAGUCACUGUGGGGACGACAUCAUCGAUGCACUGAUGUGGUGUACUCCUCAAUGCCAUCGGAAGAAUCCCGGAACAUAUUCCAGUCUGUGCUAGCAAAAAAGUUCUGUAGCUUAGCAUCUGCUUCAUCUGACCACUUUUUUAUUGACCGAGACACUGGUGCUUCCUGCUUUAGUUUUUGCUUGUAAGCAGGAAUCAUGAGGAUAGAAUUAUGGUCAGAUCUUCCAAAUUUAGGGCGAGGGAGAUUUGUACGUGUCUCUGUGUGUGGAGUAAAGGUGGUCUAGAGUUUUUUUCCCUCUGCUUGCACAUUUAACAUGCUGGUAGAAAUGAGUUAAAACGGAUUUAAGUUUCCCUGCAUUAAAGUCCCCGGCCACUAGGAGCGCUGCCUCUGGAUUAGCGUUUUCCUGUUUGCUUAUGGCCGUAUACAGUUCAUUGAGUGCGGUCUUAGUGCCAGCAUCGGUUUGUGGUGGUAAAUAGACAGUUACGAAAAUAUAGAUAAACUCUCUUGGUAGGUAGUGUGGUCUACAGCUUAUCAUAAGAUACUACCUCAGGCGAGCAAAACCUUGAGACUUCCUUAGAUAUCGUGCACCAGCUGUUGUUUACAAAUAUACAUAGACCGCCACUAGGGGUGUAACGAUCCAUCUACUACAUCGAUGUAUCGAUUUAUAUUCAUAUGAUCCAACUACAUCGAUCUGUGCUCGGCGAGUUGGCCUUUUGGACAACAUAUAUCGAUCUAACAUCGUUUUAAAAUGUAAUAAAUCGAUUGUAUCGAUACUAGGAAAUAACCCAUUGGAUUUAAGCACGUCAGACUUUAUAUGCAGGGGUGCACAUAACUGGUACGCAGAUACGCAAGCGCGACAAAAAUCAGGAAUGCGUAAUGCCACUUGUGUUACUACGCGCCUUUGCGUACUUGACCGAUCUUCUCAUCUAACCUUACACAUGACAUGUUGCUUGUCAACUACUGUCAGGGAUGUCCAAAAAGCAACAGACAUUAAGCAGCUUCUUUGGCGUUUCGCCACCUACAAAGAAACGCCAACUGGAGCCAGAGCCGAAGAAAAUACUUUUUUCGGAAAAGUGGCUCCAAGAUGUGCAGUGGCUUGAAGCUAACGAUGAGCGCACUGAAAUGUGGUGCAAGAUUUGCCGCUCAAAUCCACAUCUAGCAGACAAAACAGGUGCAUUUUAUAAAGGCUCAAAGAAUUUCAACCAUCCUUUAUUUGACAAACAUGAAAAGAGCAAGGAGCACACGAAUGUGGCGCAAGCCAUUGCUAAAAGCUAGCCGAGAAUAAAUGUCCAGUCGCCCACUUGCCAGAUGGCGAGACAAGCUGAAUGAAGAACAGCGGCAAGCUCUGUUUAAUAUUUUUCUCUUUCCAUACUCCGGCAACAUGCUGCGGUUGGAGACUCCCUUGUGCACAUUCUGUGCACCGCACACACACUGGAGAAUUGCGCGAAAUCAGCUGAUCGCAACGUUCCUUACUGUGAGACAUUUCAUCGCUCUGUGGUCAAGCUGCUGCAGUUUUAUUUACAAAAAGGUGGAGCAAAAAAAACUGCUGCACUGAAUAAAGCUAUGUGAAGAAAAUGGGAUCUCCUUUGUGGAACUGGGUAAGUUUCAUAAUACCAGAUGGUCUGCAUGGAGGCAUGAAACACUGUUAAAAAUAUCAAGACUAUUGCCAGCCAUUAAAAUGCAACUGGUUACCAGGUAUUUAUUUCAGUCACACUGGUUGAAUUUUUGGCUAAAAGGUUACUGAAUCGAUUUCAAGUCACUGAAUCGUUUCGGAUCGUAUCGUUCUAAAUGAACCAAUAUCGUCCUUGAAUCGUAUCGACAACCACGAAUCGUGAUACAAAUCGAAUCGUUGUUAAAACGAAUCGUUACACCCCUAACCGCCACCCCUUGUCUUACCAGAGGCUGCCGUUCUAUUCUGCCGAUACAGUGUAUAACCCGCCAUCUAUAUGUUAUUCAUGUCAUCGUUCAGCCACAACUCUGUGAAACAUAGGAUAUUACAGUUUUUAAUGUCCCGUUGGUAGGAUGUUCGUCCAUUUUAUUAUCAAGCGAUUGUAAGUUGGCCAGUAGUAUCAAUGGCAAAGGCAGAUUAGCAAUUUGUCGCCGGCUCCUUACCAAGCACCCCGAUCUCCUUCCGCGAUAUCUCCUUUUCUUUCUACUCCGAAUGACGGGGAUGAGGGCCCUGUCGGGUGUCUGGAGCAAAUUGUCCGACUCAUAAAAUAAAAAUGAUUCGUCCAGUUCAAGGUGAGUAAUCGCUGUUCUGAUGUCCAGAAGCUAUUUUCGGUCAUAAGAGACGGUAGAAGCAACAUUGUGUACAAAAUAAGUUAAAAACAAUGCGAAAAAACACACAAAAGAGCACGGUUGGUUAAGAGUCCAUAAAACGGCAGCCAUCCCCUCCGGUGCCAUUACUGAGAUAACCAUAGCAUGAUGCUGCCACCACCAUGCUUCACCGUAGGGAUGGUGCCAGGUUUCCUCCAGACGUGACACUUGGCCAAAGAGUUCAAUCUUGGUUUCAUCAGACCAGAGAAUCUUGUUUCGCAUGGUCUGAGAGUCUUUAGGUGCCUUUUGGCAAACUCCAAGCGGGCUGUCAUGUGCCUUUUACUAAGGAGUGGCUUUCGUCUGGCCCCUCUACCAUAAAGGCCUGAUUGGUGGAGUGCUGCAGAGAUGGUUGUCCUUCUGGAAGUUUCUUCCAUCUCCACAGAGGAACUCUGGAGCUCUGUCAGAGUGACCAUCGGGUUCUUGGUCACCUCCCUGACCAUGGCCCUUCUCCCCCGAUUGCUCAGUUUGGCUGGGCGGCCAGCUCUAGGAUGCGUCUUGGUGGUUCCAAACUUCUUCAAUUUAAGAAUGAUGGAGGCCACUGUGUUCUUGGGUACCUUCAAUGCUGCAGAAAUGUUUUGGUACCCUUCCCCAGAUCUCUGCCUCGACACAAUCCUGUCUCCGAGCUCUAUGGACAAUUCCUUUGACGUCAUGGCUUGGUUUCUGCUCUGACAUGCACUGUCAACAGUGGGACCUUAUAUAGACAGGUGUGUGCCUUUCCAAAUCAUGUCCAAUCAUUUGAAUUUGCCACAUGUGCACUCCAAUCAAGUUGUAGAAACAUCUCAAGGAUUAUCAAUGGAAACAGGAUGCACCUGAGCUCAAUUUUGUGUCUCAUAGCAAAGGGUCUGAAUACUUAUGUAAAUAAGGUAUGUUUUUUAUUUUUAAUAGAUUACAAAAAAUUUCUAAAAAUCUGUUUUCACUUUGUCAUUAUGGGGAAUUGUGUGUAGAUUGAUGAGGAUAUUUUUUUCUUUAAUCAAUUUUAGAAGAAAACUAACGUAACAAAAAAUGUGGAAAAAGUCAAUGCGUCAGAAUACUUUCCGAAUGCACUGUAUGUGAGAAGCACAUCAUGACAUUUGUGUUGUCCUUUUUGCUUCUGUGGCUGACCCUGGCUUUGGACUCCGCAGGGUCUGUGUGUGUGUGUGUGUGUGCGUGCAUGUGUUUCUCAGGAAGUUGGGUUAAUCGAAAAUAAAUAUAUUUCUGUGAUGUGAAAAUUAUAAUGGACACUCAAGUAUUCUUCUUCUGUUCUCUUCUCCCCCCACAGGGGAACCGUUCACCAGAGCUUCCCAGACUUCACCUUCCUGACAGGCAACUGGAUCGGGAAGAUCCUGAAGCUGAAAGGAGAGAUUGACCCUCAGGUCGCCAUCGAUCUCUGUACUAAAGCAUCGCUAGCGUUCCUACAGCGACAUCUAGGUAAGGAUCUGUAUGGUGUACAUUUGAUUUGUAAACAAGGGUUGCUUCAACAGUUGCCUGGAAACCCAAUGUUGAAUUGCAUUCUACGUUGGGCAGAAAUGAGCAUUUGAAUCAGGAAAGUUUCCUCUCACAACCUCUACAAGCUAGAAUGUUUAAUCAAAUUGUAUUUUAACGUACUUUACCGGUUGGUCCUUUCCUGAUUCAAACGCUCAUUUCUGCCCGACAAUUCUAUUUCGGGUUACCAGGCAACUUCAACAGGUGCAUCAGACAUGUUCAAAUGUCAUUCUGUGUGCGGGAGAUUAUUUCCUUCUGAAUGUUUUUUCAUUUGAUAAAACAGAGGAAGCAAAGUAAUUUCCUUGUGUCAAUUGUGUUUGCCUUUGUUUUGCAGGUAUGGAUAAAGACUUCAAUCAAUGGGACCAUCUAAUAGAGGGCAAGGACGACAACCUCAUUCCAGGCACCAAUGUCACAGAAAUACCUUAG